UUUUCUGACCGGAGGCUAUUGUUUUUCCGGCUUAAAAAUUCGAAGCCAACGGCGGGCAGCUGAGAUCGACUUAUUCAAGGUGACUUGUGAUCCACAUUUUCUUGCUUUCUGUUUGAUUCUUGAGAAAAUGUAGGGAAUAUGAAAGGAAACCCUUUCAUAGCAGUUGAUCAGGUCCAUGACAUUGGAAGUGACUUGGGUCUAAUUCGUGAUGCGCUGUUACCCCUCGUCUGUGAUAAUGGAACUGGAAUGGUUAAGGCUGGGUUUGCUGGUGCUGAUGCUCCAAGGGCCGUGUUUCCCAGCAUUGUGGGACGUCCACGGCACACUGGUGUGAUUCAUGGCAUUGCUAACAACUGGGAUGAUAUGGCGAAGAUUUGUCACCAUACCUUCUACAAUGAACUCCGUGUGGCCCCAGAAAAAGACCCUGUUCUGCUCACUGAGGCACCUCUCAACCCAAAAGCAAAUCGUGAGAAAAUGACCCAAAUCAUGUUUGAGACUUUCAACACUCCUGCUAUGUAUGUCGCCAUUCAGGCUGUUCUCUCCCUCCAUUCCAGUGACCGAACUACUGGUAUUGUUUUGGACUCUGGAGAUGGUGUGAGCCACACUGUCCCCAUUUACGAGGGCUAUGCCCUCCCACUUGCCAUCCUCCUUCUUGACCUUGCUGGUCGUGACCUUACUGAUGCCCUGAUGAAAAUCUCGACCGAGCGUGGUUAUUCGUUCACCACUACAGCUGAACGUGAAAUUGCGAGGGACAUGAAAGCGAAGCUGGCAUAUAUUGCCCUUGACUUUGAGCAAGAGCUAGAAACUUCUAAAACUACCUCUUCCGUUGAGAAGAGCUCUGAGUUGCCCGAUGGCCAAGUCAUCACCAUAGGUGCUGAGCGCUUCCGAUUCCCAGAAAUAUCAGGAAGGAUUUGCAUGGAAAUUAACAUUGUCCUGAGUGGUGGAUCUGCCAUGUUCCCAGCGAUUGCUGAUAGAAUGAGCACGGAAAUCACUGCUUUGGCUCCAAGCGGCAUGAAAAUCAAGGUGGUGGCUCCACCUGAAACGAAAUACAGUGUCUGGAUUGGAGACUCUAUCUUGGCAUCUCUUAGCACUUUCCAGCAGGAGGUCUGAAGAUGCUUUUUAUCUUUCAAAACUGAUAAAAAAAAAAUAAAAAGAAGAAAAAUAUAAAGAUAUAUGAAGAAAGAAACUCUUUUUUUUUUUUUAAUUUCACUGAAUAUACAAGGUAUUUAUUU